AAAUACAUAGUACAUGUAAGUCACAACUGUUUAAAUAUACAUUUUAGUGCCAGACAGCAAAAAUCACAGUGCAAAAAAAAUGGCAGAUGUUAAGGAGCAGCCUCAGUGGGGUAUAAAACUGUCCAAAUUCUUUGUUGUACCCCAGCGAUGGAUUCUGGCCAUCAUGGGAUUUUUUGCAAUCUUUAAUGCCUACACCAUGCGAGUCUGUCUUUCCCAGGCCAUAACAGUGUUGGUGGUCAAGAGAAACUACACGGCAAGUACCCAUGCAAUCUGUGAACCAGACGAAGAUGACGCCGCUCCGGUGUCUCGCGAAGGCGGUAGCUACGAAUGGUCCGAAGAGAAGCAGGGUCUGAUCCUGGCCUCCUUUUAUAUUGGCUACAUCGUUACCCACUUGCCCGGUGGCGUAUUGGCGGACAAGUUCGGCGGAAAGUGGACACUGAGCCUGGGAAUUUUUCUCACGGCCAUAUUUACGCUAAUCACACCGAUGUGUAUCGUUUACGGCGGUAGCGAUGCCUUGAUCGUACUCCGUGUGCUGAUGGGACUUGGCGAAGGGACCACCUUUCCAGCGCUGAGCGUAUUACUGGCCGCAUGGGUGCCGGCCAAUGAGCGAGGAAUGCUCGGCGCCCUGGUCCUCGGCGGUGGUCAGGUGGGUAGCAUCGCUGGCAACCUGCUAUCCGGCUUGAUACUCGACUCCAUGGACUGGCCGUGGGUGUUCUACGUAUUUGCGAUAAUAGCAAUCGUCUGGUUUAUUAUAUUCACCCUGAUCUGCUUCAGUGCUCCCUAUAGUCAUCCGUUUAUCAAGCCAUCGGAGCGUGAAUUUUUGAUGGCGGAGAUACCGCCGAAGGAUACGAACCGGCCGAAGACACCCUGGCUAGCCAUUUUCACGAACGUACCUAUGUGGGCCCUGAUUAGUGCUCAGAUCGGUCACGAUUGGGGCUUCUAUAUCAUGGUUUCAUAUCUGCCCAAAUACAUGGCCGAUGUGCUGCGGUUCUCGAUCAAGGCCAACGGUCUGUACUCCUCAUUGCCCUACGUGACGAUGUGGAUUAUGUCACUGGCCAGUGGCUGUGUGGCCGAUCAGAUGAUCAAACGGAACUGCAUGAGCACCACGAAUACGCGUAAAAUCAUGACGGGAUUGGCUGCCUUUGGACCGGCUAUCUUCAUGGUCGGCGCCUCGUAUGCCGGCUGCAAUCGCGGAUUGGUCGUGGCCCUAUUUACUAUUAGCAUGGGUCUAAUGGGCACCUACUACGCCGGAAUGAAACUAACGCCGCUGGACUUGAGCCCCAAUUACGCUGGCACCCUGAUGGCGAUCACCAAUGGCAUUGGUGCGAUCACGGGAGUGAUAUCGCCCUAUCUAGUGGGUGUAAUGACUCCGAAUGCAUCCAUGUUGGAGUGGCGCAUGGUCUUCUGGGUGGCCUUUGCCGUGCUAUUCAUUACGGCGAUUGUCUACUGCAUUUGGGCCUCCGGGGAAGUACAGCCUUUCAAUGACGGCACCAACUCAAACAAGAAGGAAGGUUAAUCGACAGAUUUAUCAAAUUUAUACUUUGAAUUCCUACAAACAUAAGUGACUGACGUUUUAAAAGCAAUGCAAUGAUGUGUAAGCAGCUUACAAAAUUUGUCGUAGUCCGUUUCGGGAAGAUCUAUUUUUCAAUUUUGUAUUUUGCUUGAUAAUGUUUCUCACGAACUAAUUUUUAAAGGGUGUAACCCACAACUAUAAAUAAAUAAUUAUUACGAUUUAAAA